UCUAUGCAGUUUUACAUUAUAUGCAGUUGCUAGAUUAUAUCUACCCAACCAGUUUGCACUCCAUAAGCAGAAUGGUGUGGAUUUCGCCUGUCUUCUCAUUUUGUCAUAUAAGGGAUUUUCAGCCACUCUUCAGUGUCGUGUCAACGAUCCCUUGUCCUGUGAUCAAGCCAAACACGAGGUCUGCGUUUUCUCCAACGGUCGGUACCAGUGUGAAUGUCCAACGGGAAUAAGACGCCUUCCCGACGGUCGAUGCCUGUCCGUAGACGAAUGUGCUCGUCCGUCAUUAAAUUCCUGUCACAAAGAUGCCAGAUGCAUCGACAUGGAAGCUGGUUACACAUGUGAAUGCAAACCGGGAUUCGCAGACGUUUCGACGGAUCGCGUCUACAAACCGGGAAGAAUCUGCAAGAAAACCAAUAAUGAAUGCGGACAGAGGCAGACAUAUGGAGUUGAUUGUGAUCCAAACGCAGCCUGUGUAGACACCCCGGAAGGAUUUCAGUGUGUUUGUCAGCCUGGAUUUGCCGACAUUUCGUCUUCUCUUAGCAGGUUGCCGGGAAGGAAGUGUAUAGAGGUGGUAAACGAGUGCAGUAGUGGAAAGGCAGAUUGCUCUUCAAACGCGGACUGUUUUGACCGAGCUGAAGGUUAUGAGUGCAAGUGUCGACCAGGAUUCGUGGAUGCGUCUCCGGAUGUCACACAUUAUCCAGGUCGUGUGUGCAAUCGCCCGAAGACUCCUGAGCACUACGGACAGAUCAGCCGACAGCCUCAGUGUCGAGAUUCCCAGCAGUGCGGACCAAACGAGGAGUGCCUCUACAACACCAGGGGCGAGACGGUCUGCCAGUGUAUGCGCGGUGCAAUUCAGCAGCCAGAUGGAAAAUGCAAACUAUUUUCACAAUGUGAACAUACGAACGAAUGCGAUAGGAAUGCACUGUGUUCGAACGCCUACGACGGACUUAAGUGCAAAUGCAAGACUGGGUUUAUCGAUAUCUCUCCUGAUCCAUACCGGUUUCCUGGACGCAAGUGCAGAGAAGUGAGAAAUGAAUGUGCUGAUGGAUCUGCCGACUGCUCACCGUUUGCGGAUUGUGUGGAUUUGCAACAGGGUUACCUAUGCAAGUGUAAAAUGGGCUACACGGACGUCUCUUCAAGAUAUCAGCUUCGACCAGGGAGGAAAUGCUCCCAGGGAGCCAAUCAAUGUUCGGAUCAAUUGUUAAAUUCGUGCGACCAGAAUGCUGACUGUGUUCAGUUACCAGACGGAUACACUUGCAAAUGCUUUGCAGGUUACGUGGACGUUUCGUCCAAUGCUAACCUGUCUCCGGGACGAGUAUGUACACUUAAUACUGUUUGUCCUGUUCAAGCCACCGAUCUCGUUUUUCUUGUCGAUGGCUCCGGUUCUAUUGGGUCUUAUAUCUUCCAGACGGAAGUGUUGCGAUUCCUAACGGAGUUCUCCGAACUCUUUGAUAUUGCCCCAGACAAAACUCGCGUCUCAGUGGUCCAGUAUUCUGAUCAAAUUAGGCAUGAGUUCGAGCUCGACGACUACUGUGACCGACGUUCAGUGCAGGACGCGAUUAAGAAGAUCGACUAUCUGACCGGUCUAACCCGAACGGGAGCGGCUAUCGAGCAUGUGGUAAACGAAGCGUUUAGCGAGAGACGCGGAGCGCGACCAUUAUCAGAUCGAGUCGCUAGAGUCGGCAUCGUUAUCACUGAUGGCAGAAGUCAGGACGGUGUGACGAUGGCCGCGGAGAACGCACGGAGACGAAAUGUCCAGCUGUUUGCUGUCGGAGUCACAAACCAUGUUCUGCAGACGGAACUAGAGGAGAUUACUGGCUCAAAGGACCGAACAUUCCACGUGAAUGCGUUUGAAGACUUGAACACACGUCUUCGAAGUGCGAUCCAACGAGUCACCUGCCCUGAAACUGAGGGACCAUGCGAUCCCACUUCACAUGCUGGCUGUGAUCGGGCGCUAAACCAAGUCUGCAUGCUUAAGAAUGGUCGCUAUGGUUGUAGUUGUCCAAAAGGAUUCGACCAGCAUCCAAUCACUAAAGUGUGUGGCGGCGAUGUAUGCAAUCCGGAAAUCGCCACAUCGUGUCCAGAUCCAGAAAUCUGUGAGAAAACGCCAUUUGGAAACUGGCGUUGCUCUUGUCCAGAAGAUCUCGGAUGGCGCGAUGUUCACACGGGCAUUUGCAGGAUUGGUACUCCUCCUGUGUUCGAAUCCAGAGACGAAUGCAACGUGUUACGAGGCAACAGUUGUGGACCGAAUGCGAAAUGUGUGAAAGGUCCCGGAGGACAGUUUGUCUGCCAGUGCAGUGCUGGAUAUGUUCGGAAUCCGAAAUCGGACAAUUGUCAAGCACCGGGUACAUGUGAUCCGUCCAUUGUCGGUUCAUGUGAUGCCAGGAAGAAGGAGAAAUGUCUUCGCAACGCUAAUGGAGAAUACACCUGUCAGUGUGACACAAGUCGCUUCUAUAAAAGGCAUCCAGUCACCGAUAUUUGUCUGAUCGAUGAAUGCUCGGCUGGCACGCACGAUUGCGAUGUAAACGCCAGAUGCACGGACACGGACGAAUCGUUUAUCUGCACGUGCAUUAGCGGAUAUCUCGACAAAUCGCCGGACCAAACAACAAAACCUGGAAGAGUUUGCACACAAUUUCACAACGAAUGCCAGGAGAACCGCCAUAACUGCUCAGUGAACGCCGAGUGCAUUGAUCUCGCCGAUGGAUUCAUAUGUCGGUGCAAGGAGGGUUACGUGGACGUUUCCCCGAAUAUGCAAGUUUUCUCCGGUUUAGAAUGCCGCGCUCUCGUAGACGAAUGCGCCUCGAAAACCAGUAACACUUGUCACGAACACGCCAUCUGUACAGAUACCAGAGAUGCGUACAAGUGUCAGUGCAAAGAAGGCUAUGUGGAUCACGACGAGUUAAGAAAUCCUGGUCGGGACUGUCGUAAAAAGAACCAAAUCUGCGACUCAGGGCGCCAUGACUGCGAUGUUAAUGCGCAAUGCAUCGAACGUGGGACGAACGACUACGAGUGCGUCUGCAGAGCUGGCUACCUGGAUCGCAGCCCGCUGCCGCAUCGAACGGGGCGCAAAUGUUUGGAACGAGUGUGUGUCGACGAUUGGAAGCACAAUUGCCAUGCGGCAGCUCUAUGUGAGGAAGUGGACGGCCCCGAGAAGUACACCUGUAAAUGUCGCGAUGGAUACGUCGACGUUAAUAAACAGAAUCCAGGUUCGCCUCGAUCAAGUCGCGAAUGUCGUGAACUGGUAAACGAGUGCUUGGAUCCGUCGUUGAACGACUGUGAUCCAGCUGCAACGUGUCGUGACACCGCUGAUUCGUACGAAUGCCAGUGUCCGGUCGGAAGUCGUGACAUCUCGAAGGAUCCAUCCAAACCGGGUCGUAGUUGUUUCGGGCUGGUUAACGAAUGCCUUAUGCCUCAUCUGAACAAUUGCUCGCGUUUUGCCGAUUGUAUCGACAAAGAAGAAGGAUAUGAAUGCAUAUGUAAACCAGAUUAUCACGAUCAGCAACCAGAAAAUCCUGGAACGAGGUGCAAGUUUAUUAUUAAUGAGUGCUUGGCGGAGAACUUGAAUGAUUGUGACAAACAUGCCACAUGCGUCGAUACCAUCGACGGAUACGAGUGUAAGUGCCAAGAGCCGUAUGUGGAUCAGCUGCCUGAUGCUCCAGGACGAGUGUGCCGAUAUAACGAAUGUGAGGAUCCCGAAAUGAACGACUGCGAUCCGAAUGCAGACUGCAUCGACACUGAUGAUGGCUUUGUUUGCCAGUGUAAAGCCGGAUUCUUCGAUGAGAACACCGAUCCAUUCAAAACUGGGCGUGUAUGUAUAGCUUUGACGAUCGAUCGACCACAAGAAACAGAGAGAACGACUCCGUCGGCAAAUGAGGUUCCAUGCGGUAACACUCACUGCAAAGUUGAUCUCCGUGAGGUGUGUAUCGGAGGAACAAAAUGUGGUUGUCGCCCUGGAGAGUCACGAACGAACUCUAAUGAGAACUGCAUACCCGUAACAGAGGUGCCUAUCGUCGUGCGCGUAAUCGAUCUUGACGAUGAGCCUUUGCAUUACUCUACUGACUUCAGUAAGCCUACGAGUCCUGAGCAUGUGGAAGUCGUCGACAGUUUUGUCAAGGGUGUUGGCGAAGUUUUCCGUCGUACCGAUAUCUCACCGAGAUACGUCACUACAGAUGUGAACUACAUCACAAAUCCGAAAGUUGAAAACAGCACAUGGAAUCUUGGUCUUCUUGUUAGUGGCUUGGUGAAAUUGUAUGGAGCGGAGGAUGUGGACAAGUGUAAAGUAUUCCAGAAUUUUGCCGAACAAGUAAGUAAAUUUGCAAUUCGUUCAUUGCCAGUAGAAAGUCAAGUAUCGGGCACACCUUGUGGAGUAUUUUUCUGCAACGAAGCCCUUGGCGAAGAGUGUAUUGCUGGAAAACUUUGCGGAUGCCCAAAAGGACAGAAACGCAAGGAUGCACAAAGUCCUUGUCGGAGUGUGGAGUCGUUCAAUCUGCCACUCUACGUUAUUCGGGACGGCGUAACACCAUUGAAGUUCACACCGGAUGUUGCAAAUCCAAGAGAUGAGAAGCACAAGGAUCUUGUUAGCAGGUUUGAAACAGGACUCGCUCAAAGCUACAAUGAAACUCCUUUGCACAAAGGAUUCGUAACCGCUGAAGUGAACGACAUCGAAGAACCAUCAACAAGAAAUGCCUCAUGGGUCUCAGGUUUACUGUACAAUUUCACAUCUCAUUUCGUUCGAGGCUCAGUUAGUGAGCCAUCAGCGGUAUUCACUGAUCUCAUCAACUACAUUGCAAAGAAGAACAACUAUGAAAUCGGGAAUUCCAAACUGUUCAUAUCUCCUGAUCAAGCGAACCCAUUCUCGUCCUGCUACGCAAGCGACUGCCAUCCGAACGCUAUAUGCACUCCGUUAGGAAGAGGUUACACAUGUCAGUGCCCAGCUGGCUAUCGCGAUCUGAACCCUGCUCAUCCAGGAAGACAAUGCUUGUCGUACGUUGGUGUUAAUGAAUGCGAAAAAGCAGAACUGAACGAGUGCUCUCCAGAUGCCAGAUGUAUUGACCUCGAUUACCUCUACAAAUGCGAAUGUAUUCCUCCGUACGCGAAUGCCGCGCCUGAAGGUGCGGUUCCUGGGUCGAUAUGUACUAUCGACUAUUGCUCUGAUGUUCAUUUCUGUCCACUUAAUUCCACCUGCAAGAAUGUUGGUGCUCAGGUGCUGUUGUGCUGUUUUUGGUUUUACAUCCCUGGCUUCCAGUUGCUCAGAAUGCAAUUGCAGGCCGGUCUUGGCGAUACGAUUUGUUUGAGGCACAUAGAUGUCGACGAAUGCGCCUUAGGCCUGCAUAACUGCAGUGCUGCAGCAAUUUGUACCGAUCUGAGGCCUGGAUACAAGUGCAGAUGUCCUGACGGAUACACUGAUGGCAAUCCUGCCGAACCUGGACGCAUAUGUGCUGCUCUGUUGUGUGGUUUGUGUAGUGGUCAUGGAGACUGUAUACAUGACAGCGUUACCAAUAAUGUAACCUGCUCGUGUGUUGAUGGAUAUUCAGGAGAAUUCUGUGAGGUUGCACCUUCGAAUGUUGGUCUAAUUUUGAUGGUGAUUCUGGCUCUUCUGUUCCUUCUGCUAACGCUUCUGUGUUGCCUGUACCUCUGUGCCAGAUGCCGUUGCUUCGGCAGACGUGGCGUUAGCGAAGGCAGCGCCAGUGGUCGAGAGAUACUCGGAUCCGACUAUUACACAAUUCCUCGCGCCAAGCUUAAGCCAGGCUACGCAGACGAAAUGAUGGGCCACGAUAAUGCUGCAGCACUCGGUGCAUAUCUCGAUGACGGAGCUUCCGUCUCCUCUGGAGGAUCACUAGAAGAGGUGGAGCGACGAGUCACUACUGACGUAACGACUCGUGAGAUCCGAACGACAACCGUACGUGACGAGAUGGGCAACAUCGUGAGCCGAAGCCAGGUUGUCUCACAUGGCCCACUGGAAACUGAUACCGAGCAGUACGCCAUAACAUCCUCGGAUCAUUUCCGACAUGCUGCCGAUGCCGGUGCAUCCUUGGAUGGAGAUCACGGAAGGGCAAAUUACGAGUCGGAUUCCGAAGGAUCUGACGUAGGCAACGCAACCUACGACCGAGUUACUCGAGUAGCACAAUCGCAUGACUUCUUGCCGGGUGCUGACCCACGAACGGGAAGUGAGAGACGGCGAAGUGAAGUGGUCACUACCACCACCGCUAAAGAAGUUAAUUACUUCUGA